CCAAAAAUAUCACAAUAACAACCACUGUGUAUAGCCCUUUCCUUUAUAUACCUACCAACAACCAUAUAGUUGUCAAUAUUAAAUGAUAUUCAUUUACAAUUAUAAAUUCACAAAAAAUUACAAACCAACCAGAAACUUCAAUUUUUGGUUCCAAGAGGAAAAUCAAUAUGACUAUUAUUCCUUCCUUACUUUGCUCUCUCCAAAUUCUCCUAAUCAUAAUUUUCACAUCUCAAACCAAAGCUGAACCAGUAUUCGAUAAAAUAAACUUAUACCACUACAAUUGUGAUAAUAGUAACAAUAGAGGCAACUUCACAACCAAUAGCACCUAUCACAAAAACCUCAACACACUUUUAUCCACCCUCACUUCCAACACACAAAUCAACUAUGGUUUCUACAAUUUUUCUCACGGCGAAAACCUCGACAAAGUCUACGCAAUUGGACUAUGUCGAGGUGAUCUUUUCCCGAACAAUUGUCUAAGUUGCCUCGGAAGUGCUAGUGCAAAUCUUACACGUGUUUGUCCAAAUAAAAAAGAAGCGAUUUUUUGGUCUGAAGAUGAAAAAUGCAUGUUGCGUUAUUCGGACCGAUUAAUAUUAGGCGUCAUGGAAGAUAGUCCUAAGUUUGCUUCGAGUAACGAUAAUGAUUCGGUUGAUGUUGUUUUGUCCAAUGAAGUUGUUAAAAAUUUGUUGGGAAAUUUAACAAGUAGAGCUAUGAAAGGUGAUUCUAGUCUUAAAUACGCUGCAUCAAGUUUACCUGGUCCUAAGUAUGAGGUUAUAUAUGGUUUAGUUCAGUGUACACCUGAUUUAUCUGAGAGUGAUUGUAAUUCAUGUUUGGGUGAGAGUCUUUUUCAACAAAUUCCCAGUUGUUGUAAAAAUAAGAUUGGUGGAAGAGUUGUUAGGCCUAGUUGUAAUAUGAGAUUUGAGACCUUUCUUUUUUAUGAACCUAGAGCAUCGCCGCCGCCGCCACCACCAUCUCCUCCUCCGCCCGCCACUAUCGGUAGCAACACUACCUCACAAGGAAAAAGCAACAAGAAUAGUAUCAUUGGCAUAGCUGUAGGAGUACCAAUUGCUAUCGUUGUUAUGGUCUUCAUUUUUAUCUUUAUCUAUUUAAGAAGACUAAGGAAGCCAAAGAAAAGGUUUCAAGAAAUUCAAGAAGAAGAAGAUGAAGAAGACAAAAUUGAGAUUUCCGAAUCCUUGCAAUUCGACUUCAACACCAUAUGUAAUGCUACAAAUGACUUCUCUGAUUUUAAUAAACUUGGAGAAGGCGGAUUCGGGAUUGUUUACAAAGGUAAGCUUGCCAAUGGAGAAGAGAUUGCUGUCAAAAGGUUGUCGACGACAUCUGGACAAGGAGAUUCAGAGUUUAAGAACGAGGUGGUUUUAGUGGCUAAACUUCAACACCGAAAUUUAGUUAGACUACUCGGCUUCUGUCUAGAAGGAAGAGAAAGAGUACUUGUAUAUGAGUUUGUUCAUAAUAAAAGUCUUGAUUACUUUAUUUUUGAUCGAGCUAAGAGAGCACAAUUAAAUUGGCAAUUGCGGUACAAAAUCAUUUUAGGUAUUGCUCGAGGCAUUUUAUACCUUCACGAGGAUUCUCGACUACGCAUUAUUCAUCGUGAUCUCAAAGCAAGUAACAUUCUCUUAGAUGAAGAGAUGAAUCCUAAGAUAGCCGAUUUUGGCAUGGCAAGACUAUUUGUUGUGGACCAAACUCAGGAAAACACAAAUAGAAUUGUGGGAACCUAUGGAUAUAUGGCACCUGAGUACGCAAUGCACGGACAAUUUUCAGUGAAGUCAGAUGUCUUUAGCUUUGGUAUAUUGGUUCUUGAAAUUAUAAGUGGUACAAAAAACAGUCGCAUUCGUGAUGAGGAAAAUGAAGAGUAUCUCUCGAGCUUUGCAUGGAGAAAUUGGAAGGAAGGGAGUGCAACAAAUAUCAUAGAUCCAACAUUAAACAAUGAUUCAAGAAAUGAAAUAAUUAGAUGUAUCCACAUUGGAUUACUAUGUGUUCAAGAGAAUAUAAGUAGUAGACCAACAAUGGCUUCUGUUGUAGUGAUGCUUAAUAGUCAUUCUGUCACUCUUCCAAUGCCUUUGGAACCUGCAUUUCAUAUGGAUUGUGGAAACUCUGAAGAUAUGAAAUCAUGGGGUCAUAAUUCAUCAGCUCAAGAAUCACUCAAUCAUGCUUCAAAUACAGAGCUAUAUCCUCGCUAGCUAGCUACCUGGAAUUUUAAUGCUAAUGCCAAUUAUGAUAGCCAUAAUACAUACAUAAUAGUCCAUUAAUAAAAAUUGAGUUGAGUAAGAAACUAC